UUUAACAUCGAAAUCAUCGAUGUGGUUCCAUCUCUAAUGAUCAGCGCAUUCCGAAAGAUUCCGUGAAUUCUUCGCCGUGAAAAAAAGAGAAUAAAUCGCGAUCAGAAUGGAGAUCGAUCCGGCGGAUGAGCCUCAAGACGAGGAGCACACUUCUAUAUACGACGGAUACCCGCCCGAUUUUGGUUAUUUCAACAUUGCCCACGGCAUGCUGGUGGAGAUUUCGGAGGAGAUUCGGGCCAAGUUCCCGCAGGAGCGCCUCCGCUUCUCGCAGCUAAACAACCUGUACUUGGCUGCUCGUGGCGGCCAGAUGAUGAGCUUCGUCGAGAUCCUGAACACCGUCAGCAGCAGGGAGGUGCAGACGCACCUGGUCAAUACAAAUUUCGAUCAGCCAGAUGGACAAUCGCUGACCCCGCUCACCAUGGCCGCCAUGUCGGGCAAUGUGAAAUUCGUCAAGACCCUGCUAUCGCACUAUGACGUUGACUUGGAGCGGGAGUGCAAUGUCAUCUUUGACGGAAUGGUGGUAUACGGAGCCACCGCCCUUUGGGUGGCAGCCGGUAUGGGGCAUCUGCAGAUUGUCAAAAUGCUGGUGCAAGCGGGGGCGGCCAUUAACCACAAUACGAAGGCGCAGUCGUCGCCGCUGAGAGCAGCUUGUUAUGAGGGUCGCUUGGACAUUGUCGAAUUCCUUAUCGACAAUGGAGCGGAUGUGAAUGCCACGAAUCUAUUUAAUAACAACACACUGAUGAUUGCCGCCUACAAGGGUCACCACUUGGUGGUAAACACCCUUCUACAGAAUGGGUCCAGGGCCAACGACCAGGCGUUGUGUGGAGCCACAGCGUUGCACUAUGCCGCUGAGAGCGGUCAUUUGGAUGUUGUGGUUGCCCUGUUGGACCAUGGAGCCACUCUCAAAAAGAAUGAAUUGGGCAUUACGCCAGCCUUGCAGGCAGCCGAACGGCUCCACGAAGAUGUUCUCGAGGCGUUCAUUCAAAGGCCGGGACUGAUGAGCUUAGAGGAGCAAAUUACGGCCCUGGAGCUCCUAGGGGCCACUUAUGCGAAUGACAAGACUAAGUACGAUGUGAAUAAGGCGUACAGCUAUCUGCUGAGAGCCAUGCAGAUGCGAUAUAGCGAUCCGCGACGCAUUAUCCGGAAGCGGGUUCAGCCCUCUGUGCCCGCUUAUGACAGUUGGUUUGAGACUGAAAACCUGCCGGAAUUGUAUGCCAUCAAAUUAAACCACCACUCCAUUCACAUGGAGUCCCUGGCUAUCCGAGAGCGGAUAUUGGGACGCAAUAAUCCGGAAUUGCCGCAGGCCAUCAUCUACCGGGGAGCAGUAAUGGCGGAUCAGGGCAGGUUCUAUCAGUGCCAAGUGCUUUGGAACUAUGCCAUAGAUCUGAGAAUGCGAAAUAAUGUGUCCGUAGAUCGCGAUCUCCUUCGUUUCGCUCAACUUUUCGCCCAAAUACUGCGCGUCGAGAACCACAACCUCACCUUGGAUCACGUGCUGCCCGUUCUGGCCAAGUGCCAGCAGGAGAUCGAGAACAACAAGUUCAAGAUAAAGGAAGCCAAGCCCAACGCUUGUCCCAGUCUAUGGCAGGACCAGAACAAUCAGAACUGCAUAACUGCACUGUAUCUCAUCAAGAUCGUGACGCACUUGGCUCGUCGCAAGAAGGACCAGGACAUCAACGAAGAGCACAUCCAGCAGCUGUUUCUUGUGGUGCGCAAGUUCAUACAGAAUGACACGCGCCUUCAGGACGGUCAGACCUUGCUGCAUAUCGCAGUCAACGGAGUAAUGCCGGUGGAUGAGUUCUAUACAAAUGAAAUGUGCAGAUUCCCCUGCUAUGCCACUGCCUUGGUUUUGGUCCAUUGCGGCGCCUCCGUGGUGGCUGUGGAUGCGGCACGCAAUACCCCGCUGCACAUAUUGGUGACCAAGGUGAACACCACGCAAGAUCGUCAGGCGGAGAUGGCACGCAUUCUCCAAUUGUUCGUCGAGGCUGGGGCGCAUUUGGAUGCGGUGAAUGCGGCUGGACAGACAGCAGCCACGGCCUGCAAGCAACCUGUCUUGGCCAAUCGGCUGCAUGCCUAUCAGAAUGCUCACACCAGCCUCAAGUGUCUGGCUGCACGCACCAUUGCCAGCCACAGGCUGAACUUUAAGGGCCUGAUACCCACGCAACUGGAGGCCUUUAUCCAAAUGCACAGCGUGCACAAGGUGCUCCCGUAGACAUUUGCCAUAGGCACUAGCCGCAACCAAAGACUUUACAAUAAUUAGAUGAAAGACGACUAUACAUCGAAUUGCAAUAUGGCUUUCAUGGGAGCCUCUAGUACGGCGUUGCUCAUCAUUUUAUUUUAAAGUCUUUGCCGCAACUAAAGUCAUUAGAACUGUGAAUGCACUGAGCCAAGUUGGAACACAUUUAUAUGUAUCAAUAUAUAUGUAUAUCGAAUUUAGCGACUUAAUCUAGCCAAAAGAAUACAAGAAAGUAGAACGUUUUUAUUUUUGUACACAUUUUAUUUAGUAAUCUUCACUCUUAAUUU